AUGAAUCGAUUAGAAAAAACACAAACUUUAUCAUUUGAAUAUAAUGUUGAACAUUUUGGUGUAAUUUCUGGAGAAAUUUUUGAAAAUAAAUUAUUUCUUUAUCUGAAGAAGCAUAAAUUACAUCCGAAGAAAUUCACAUUUUACCAAUUCAACGGUGGAAAAUUAUUACAUAAAUCUACAUAUGAACAAAAUGAAAAAUUAUCUCUACGAUUUGGUAAAAUACAGAUAAUGUAUGAUGAAAAUCUCAAAAUCGCAAAAGAUGGAACCAUUGAAAAUAUAGAUUUUUAUAGAAUAGGAAAUUUUAAUAUUAUUGGUGAUGAUGGUGUCGAUAUCUCAUGUGAAUGGAAUGGAUACCCGUUCUACAUUCAAGCAAAAUUUCGAAAUCUAUGCAUAAAUUGUAAAAAUAAGAAUAAUAAAUCUUGUUCACACAAUUACUAUUACGAUGGAAUGAAAGAAGAUAUUUUAAAAUUUGAUAAGAAACUAUCAGAAUAUAAAAUACCUAUUUUUGGAAUGUUUAUCGUUAAUGAAUUUGUAGAUCUUCCUUAUAGUAAAAUCAAACAACUAAAUUUAAAAAACCAAAUACAAAUAUUACAAUAUUCAGAUGCUUUAAUUGAUGAUAUUAAUGAAUUAGGAAAUACUUUUUUAAGAAAAGAUCAUAGAUUUAACAAUAUUAAAAUCAAAAAGAAUUUUUACGAAGAAUUAAAAAUAAGUUCGGUUUAUUGGUAUUUUGAAAGUUAUCUAAAUAAAAUUGAUAAUUCUGAUAAAUUUUUUUACGAUAAUUUAAAAAAUUUUUUAAGUUAUUUUCGAGAAGCAUAUCCUUUUUUAAAUCAAGAAAAUAAUAUAGAUGAUAUUUUAGAUAAAUCUUUUAAUAAACUAAAUAUUGUAUGA